CGCUAUCCAUCAAGUUUAACUUUGUCUGUGUACGUUAGAAGGGUAUGCAGGCCACUUUGGAUGUAACUUCGCUCAAGCAACUCACCAGAGCGUUGACCUGCAUUUCGCGAUACGGAGAGGAUCUCGUCGUUUACGCGACGCCCGAUACAUUUGCUCUAUCUAUCACCAAUUCUUCCAAGUCUGCUUAUUGUCGCUUCAAAUAUGGCAAACAGUUCUUCUCCAGAUAUAAAGUUGGUGGCCAGGCGUCUGGUGAGGAUGCCGAUGAGGUGCCUAGUGUUAUGGGCCAGCUGAUCGCAAAGAAUUUGCUCUAUAUACUCAAACAUAGGACGGUGGAGAAGUCGGUCGACAAAUGCGAGCUCUCCAUAACAGAUGGGGAUCGCGACGCCGGCGGCCCAGACGAUGAGGAUACCCUAGAGAGCAGACUGACUGUGCGUCUCCACUGCAAACACGGUGUCGUGAAAACCCACCGGCUGUUGCUGCUAACUCCGACGACGCCUCUGCUUGCGCCAAGUAUCCCUGACCCGACAUUUCAGUCGCGGCUGGCGGUCGGUCCCCGUGCGAUGCGGGAUAUGAUUGAGCACUUCCCCUUUGUGAAGGGCCCGAAGAGCGAUCCGCAGCUGAUUUGGAACUUUGGCGAAACGGACGUGGAGGUCAAGAGCAUCGAGGCGUCAAUCGACUCGAAGGGCAGGGCACAGCUGGCGACAGAGCUGACAAUCAGUGCGGAGGAGUUUGACAAUUAUGAGAUCUAUGAGGUGCCUACAACGAUUGCCUUCCAUCUCCGCGAAUUCAAUGCUACCAUCGCAUUCGCAGAAGCAUCUUCUCUGGCACUUGAGAUAAGUUUCACCGACCCGGCCGAGCCAAUCUUCAUCCAUCUCGAUGGCGAUGUGUCCGAAAUGCUCUUUGUGAUUGCCACCACGCAGGCACGGGGAGAAACGGGCCCGCGCACAGGGAGGCGGGGCACCUCUGUCAUGGCCUCGACUCCGAAUGCACAACCGCGUGGGCAGAAGCGGCCGCGCGAGGACGAUACAGCGCCGAGCGUCACAACGUCUCGCUCAGGCUCAGGUUCGAGAGAAGGUACGAUUGUUCCCUCGAGGCCAUCGCGGGCCACGCAGUCUUCCAAUAGCGGGCCUGUAUACCCAGAAGGCUCAAUGCCACCGCCCGCGUCCAUCCCACGGCCUGCAUCAUUCCCUCCGCCGGCAUCAGUGCUCUCUCCCGAAUUGAUGCCUCCUCCAUCCUUUCCUCGUUUUCAAGCUGCGUCGGCCGCAAGUGCGUCACCACAACACGAGCCGCUCUUCCUGCCAUCCUCGCAGCCAUACGAAGAGGAGCUGAUCAGGCCCGGAAUGUCGCAAGUGUCACAUACACCUCUCUCGCGCACGCAGGAACCGCUGUUCCUGCCCGGCACCCAGCUAUCGCAGGCAGACCAGUAUACAAUCAGGUCGUCAGGAUUGGGGAUUGAAAACAUGACUGCAGAGGAAUUUGCGGAUAUGCUGGAGGGAGAGGGGGAGGAGGUGGACUUUGGGGAUGGGAAAGGGGAGGAUAAGCUGAGUGGACAGGACGAUGAGGGUGAAAGGGAAGGCAGUCUUAAUAUUUACGAAGAGAUGCAGGCCACACAGGUGGAAGCUGGAACGAGGACAUUCAGACCAUUGUUCGAGGAUUAGGAUCGACUCUGCCGUCCUAUUGCUUCCAUCCGACCUACAAGUGUACGAUACAUUGCGUUACUAACGAUACAACUCGAGUUCCGUUUAAUGGGAGAGUCCAUACAAAGACAGUGAGCAAUCACAAAGAGCGGUCAUCAAUAUCGUACGGGUCGUGAAUGUCAUAAGUGGUCCGCCACCAUGACGGUAGAGUCUGCAUGAGUAUCGAGUGCGUUAUCAGAAUUCCGUAUCGUACUCGGUGGCAUAAACUGGUCCGCC